UUUCAAAAAUGUCGGAAAGCGGUGAAAUUGUUUUCGUUAUCUCCAGAAAAGGUGGUGAUUCCUCAACGGGAAUUACAAAUACAGAUUCAAAUCCGAUUAUAGAAGAAUCAGAAAUCAUCGAAUCCCAAUACGUUUUAUCAAUAAUAUGGAGUAGCGGAACUUUAGGAGCUUCUUAUUACGACAUAACCACAAAACAGUUAUUUAUUUUAACGGAUACGAUUGAUUCUUAUCCAAAAUUUGCGAAUAUUCGUAGUUUAUUAAGACAAAUGGAAUAUAAGCAUAUAAUAACAAUUGGAAAUCCCUGCGAUGAUUUCGUAAAAUUAAUAAUUGAUUUUAUUAAUAAUAAAGGAGAUGAAUCGGAUGAAUCUGAUCAAAUAAGAAGAGUCCCAGAAAAAUUAACUUUAUUACCUCCGAUGGAAUAUUCUUCUUCUGCUUGCGAAGUAAAAAUUCUUAACUUAAAUCUUCCGGGGAUGGGCGACGAGAAAAAUGAAGUUUAUUUACAUUCAUUAAUCGAUUUCAACAAUCGAUUAUCCAUUCAUUCUUUAGGAGCGUUAAUUAAGUUUAUCGAAAUGAGUUGGAUUUACUUAGUUGGAGAUGAUGUACCUAGCGUUAAAUUUAUUCAUAUCAAUCAAAUUUCAAUGUGUAAUCAAGUUUAUAUUAGCAACAAUACCAUACAGAGUCUUAAAAUUUUUCAAAAACACAGUCAUGAUGCUAAAUUUAAACACGGCAGCGUAGCAGGUGAUAAAGAAGGCUGUAGCGUUUAUAAUUUAUUCGCUCAAAAGUGUAAAUCUAAUUUAAGUGUUCUUAGAUUAAGGAGAUUGCUUUUAUCACCUUUAAAAGACAUAAACGAGUUAAAUAAACGACUUGAAUUCGUUGAAUUUUCCGGUAAAUUAGAGAAUUACACUUUUAUUGAAGCGUUACAAGAAAAUUUAAAAGGAAUUCAAGAUAUCGAACGUGUUAUACGUAGAAUAGAACAUACUCGUGGUAAAAGUUAUGAUUGGGAAAGUUUAUAUAAAACAGUUUAUAACACCCUGUACAUUUAUGAGCUAUGCACUCCCUAUACAGACAAAGCCAAAAUUUUUUUGGAUUUUACCUCAUCGAUAUCUAAAGAUCUUUACGUUAUUGAAAAUUGUAUUCGAGAUUCAUUGGAUUUUAGUAAUAGAGGUUAUAAAUAUAGACCGAUUCUUAAACCUGGAGUUGAUGAAGAAUUAGAGAAAAAAAAAAUGUUACGACAUGAAAUGGGAAAAAAUAUCCGUGCUGCUGCUAAUUUCACUCUGGAUCAAUUACCGGAUUGUUUUGAUCAAUGCACAGUAAUUUAUAUACCGGAAAUGGGACAUUUAAUAGCAGUAAACAAAACGGAAUUUAAUAAAAAUCCAAUUCAAUUAGAACAUUUAGGAUUCGAGUUUAUUUUUGAAGUUCGGGAUUUAUUUCAUUAUAAAAAUGCAAUAUGUAAAGAAUUAGAUAAACACAUGGGACAAUUACAUAAUGAUAUAAUCGAACAUGAAAUAAGAAUAAUUCAACGUCUUUCCGGAUUAGUAUUAAAAUCGAUAAAAUCGAUUCAAGAACCACUAAGAAUUCUAUCAUUAAUUGAUUGUUUAAUCGCAAUGGGAUUGGUGGCUAAAGAAAACAAUUAUGUGCGUCCGAUUUUAAACGUUGAAAACGAAAUAGAGAUUGUGGAAGGUCGACACGCUUUAUUCGAAAUUGAAUGUAAUAAUUUCGUUCCAAACGAUUAUUUUUCUGGGGGAAAUUCGCCGAAAAUUAAGAUAAUAACUGGACCAAAUAGUUGCGGAAAGAGUUCGUAUUUAAAACAGAAUGCUCUUUUAAUGUAUUUGGCGCAUAUUGGUUCUUUCCUACCUGCUACUUCGGCUAAAAUUUGUAUAAUGAAUACGAUCCAUAUAGGAGGAAAAGCGAAUGAAUCCGCUUCCUUGCCACUUUCAGCUUUAACGAUUGAUUUAACACAAGUUUCUCAAGCUUUUAACAUAGCCUCAACACCUAAUUCUUUAGUUAUAAUCGACGAAUUUGGAAGAAGCACCUCUGGAUUGGAUGGUUUAGCUUUAUUAACAUCUGCUAUAAAUUAUUUUUUGAAGCAGGGUGAUAAUUGUCCCCAUCUGUUAGUUGUAACGCAUUUACAACAAAUUCGUGAAUUAAUAGAACCAUCAUCAUUAUUAUCUUAUCACACAUUUGACUUUGCUAGAAAUGACCAUGAUAUUAUAUUUUUAUUUAAAUUAAUUGACGGAUUGAGCGGAAGUUUUACUUUCGAUAUUGCUUCAGCAGCUGGUUUAGAUAAAUCAGUUGUUGAUAGAGCUAAAGAAAUUUAUCAAGCUAUGAUGAAUGGGACUGAUUGGGCACCAAAUAAUAGUAAUCUAAAUGAAUAUGAUAUUAAUUAUUAUUUAAACAUUAAUAUUCCACCAUUGGAUGAUUAAUUAAUUAUGUUAUUUUUGUGUUAUUAUGGAUUUAGAUUAAUUAACAGUAGCAGUAGAACUAGAAACAUUAAAGUUUACCAGUGCCUUAAGACAGCAACAUCUGACUGAGCCCUUUACCCUUAUCUAUCUAUGGACAGCGUGGUACGUGGUUUGACGUAUUAAUCCGAUGCUGACGUCACUUUUACAAAAAUCCUUUUAAUUUAUCUAUUCUCCAAUAGAUGGCGACUUAAAUUGAAUUCAAAUUCAAUAAUUCAAAACUCAAAAAAAAAUCCUUGAUACUUUUUCCAACAUGAACAUAAUAAAACAUUUCAAAAACUAUUUUUUUUAAUUAAUACUGAAUAAUUUUGCAAUAACUCAAUACCGAGUCAAUUAGUACUUAAAAAAAAGACAGUGCGGUAACGCUUAACAUUACAUAAUAAAAUAUUGGUUCAUGGUCACGUUAAAACGCUCAGUCAAUGUACGCUGUACGCCAUUCACUUCUAAAUCGAUUUCUGGUAAAUGUAACGGAGUCGUCGCCGUUGUCUUCUCUCACUACAUUCUUAAAAAAAACAAUUUACACAACAUUUUAUUUGUAGUUACCUAACACAGAAGCUAUCGAUUUCUUUCUUUAUUAAACGUUCUUUUAUAAUUGUUAUAAAGACCGUCUCAGUUCUUCAAAACGAAAUCUCCAACUCGUUGGAACACCGCGUUGUUGGACUUAUUGUUAUUACGAAAAGCUUCUUACGUAACAUCAUCGAGGCGAGUUACGUUGUGUAAUCCAACUGCUCUAUUAGUAAUCAAGUAAUCGUAUUUAUCGUGAUUCACAAGAAUUUUGUAAAAAGGUUGCAAACCCACCUUUUUAGUUAUACCGAUCUAUAUCAUUUUUUUUUAUAAAUCAUUGUAAAUUGCGUCAAAAUUUACGUAUAAUUUACGUACACAUUACGUGGCGUUGCGUAAAACCUCGUUAUUCUUUUUUGUAUUUCAAGCAUAAUAAAUACGUUACGAUUACUUUGGGUUUGUAUUACGGUGAAUGCAACACAUACACAUAAAAAAACAGUUUAUGUCGAGUGCAAUGUGGGUUAUGCAAAACUACGGCAGUACUCACGAUCCGUUCUCUAAUCAUAGGAUAUAAAUCGAAUUUGAUUCUAACACGGAGUCUAUUAUAUGUACAGGGUGAUUUAGUGUUAUAAGAAUUUUUAGAUCACAAUAGAAUUAAAGAUGUUAUAUAAACAUUUUUGGCUCACCUGUUCGCCACGAAACACUUUAUUUUAGUAUUUUAAAAAAUAUAUAAAUACCUAAGUAAGUAGUGGGUGGCAUAAGAGAAAUAAAAUACUUUCACUGGGGCAGAUUAUAAAGUUUAACAAAAAAU